CUUGCACCGACAGCCUCGUCACUGCUCUAGACGACGAGACCUUGCUCAUCACUGAUUUCCUGGGAGACACAGGCAACGAGAUGAAUUACAAGGGCAGCGGGAAGGUCCACUUCGGAGUGGACGACGUGUCCCUGUAUGGGACGCCGAAGGAGGAGCCUGGCCCGGCGUUGCCGGGCCAGGAGGUCAAGCAGAGCUUCCUGAAGAAUCAGCUACAGGCCCUGUUCCAACCGACGGACAACAAGCUGGCCAUGAAGUUGUUCGGCAGCAAGAAGGCGCUGAUGAAGGAACGGAUCAGGCAAAAGGCUGCAGGUCACUGGGUCAUCCAUCCUUGCUCCAGUUUUCGAUUCUACUGGGACCUCUGCAUGCUCCUCCUGCUGGUAGCGAAUCUGAUAAUUCUGCCAGUCGCCAUUAGUUUUUUCAAUGACGACCUGAGCACUAGGUGGAUAGCCUUCAACUGCCUUUCCGACACGAUAUUCCUCAUAGACAUUGUCGUCAACUUCAGGACAGGUAUAAUGCAGCAGGACAAUGCCGAGCAAGUGAUCCUGGACCCGAAGUUAAUCGCGAAACACUACCUCAGGACUUGGUUCUUUCUCGACCUCAUUUCCUCCAUACCACUAGACUACAUUUUCCUCAUAUUUAAUCAAUUUCAGGACUUUAGCGAGUCCUUCCAGAUCCUGCAUGCUGGCCGUGCUCUCAGGAUCCUUCGACUGGCGAAACUGUUGUCGCUGGUCCGGUUACUACGGUUGUCAAGACUGGUGCGGUAUGUCUCGCAAUGGGAAGAGGUCUAUAUAUUGCAGAACCUACAAAAAAAACGCACUGAGCGGAGGGGGCGCCUAAGUUCUGACAAUAUGAGUAAAAAGAAGUCCGGUUUCAGCAAAAGCGACCUUAUUUUUAAGUUCCUGAAUAUGGCAUCGGUGUUCAUGCGGAUUUUUAACCUGAUUUGCAUGAUGCUCCUGAUCGGCCACUGGAGUGGCUGCCUGCAAUUCCUGGUUCCUAUGCUCCAAGGGUUUCCUAGUAACUCAUGGGUCGCCAUUAACGAGUUGCAAGACUCAUUCUGGUUGGAACAGUACUCGUGGGCCCUUUUCAAAGCCAUGUCGCACAUGCUCUGCAUAGGAUACGGAAGGUUCCCGCCGCAGUCCUUGACCGACAUGUGGCUCACGAUGCUCAGCAUGAUCAGCGGUGCUACCUGUUACGCGCUGUUCCUCGGACACGCGACGAAUCUCAUUCAAUCUCUCGAUUCCUCGAGAAGACAAUACCGCGAGAAGGUGAAGCAAGUGGAGGAAUACAUGGCCUACCGGAAGUUACCGCGCGAAAUGAGACAGAGGAUCACGGAGUACUUCGAGCACCGUUACCAAGGGAAAUUCUUCGACGAGGAAUUGAUUCUCGGCGAGUUGUCGGAGAAACUGAGAGAAGACGUGAUCAACUACAACUGCAGAUCGCUGGUCGCCUCCGUGCCGUUCUUCGCCAAUGCCGAUUCGAACUUCGUUUCGGACGUCGUCACGAAACUUAGAUACGAGGUCUUCCAACCAGGUGACAUCAUCAUCAAGGAAGGCACGAUCGGAUCGAAAAUGUAUUUCAUCCAAGAGGGAAUAGUCGAUAUCGUGAUGGCGAGCGGGGAGGUCGCGACCUCGCUCUCUGAUGGCUCGUAUUUCGGCGAGAUUUGCCUGCUGACGAACGCGAGGAGGGUCGCAUCGGUCCGCGCGGAGACCUACUGCAAUCUCUUCAGCCUCUCGGUGGAUCAUUUCAACGCCGUAUUGGACCAGUAUCCGUUAAUGCGCAGAACGAUGGAGAGCGUUGCCGCCGAGAGGUUGAACAAAAUUGGUAAGAACCCAAACCUGGUGGCCCAUCGGGAGGAGGAUCUUGGCAGCGAGUCAAAAACGAUAAACGCUGUCGUGAACGCGCUCGCGGAGCAGGCCGCACACGCCAGCGGCAGCGAAGAAUCGGUGCACAGCAUGGAGCUGAGAACCCUUCCAGGUCGCCUGUUACCCAGACCGAAGUCUGAGAACAAUUUCGCGAGCCAAGAGCUCUCCAGGGAGGGACGAAAGAUCUUCCACAAGAGCGACACGUUCCACAAGGACUCGUAUCAAUGACGACACUCGUUAUACUAGCAUACAGAGAGAUAUUAAAACGGCUCCAUGCGAAGAGAAGGAAGAAAGAAAGUCGGUGGUGGUAUGCGCGCACCCCGUCGAUCGGAUCAAUUUGGCCGUAGGGCUGUCUUUUUAAGCCCGGAUUCUGGACGCUAACUCUAGUGAAGCAAGUCUAUACAUAGAUAUACGCAAUGCCAAGUAGUCCUCUAGCGAUCGGUUUCUAGCGCCUUCUUAUAUUAACCGUGACGGCAACGUUUGUCCAGAAUCCGCGCGUGAAACCCGUGGGCCCGGGGCCAAAAUUGGUCAGACUUCUCCAAUGGCGACACAGGUGUGAUCGUGGAUCCGGGGUUUAAACCGGCCGUCCCGUAUCACGGCGAAUAAAAACUCGAUUUCAAGAGCAAUAAAAUAGGCGACCGAAAUACACAAACCACUACGGGAUGCGUAGGAACCGAGGUGGGUCUGACACGUUGGAGGUGGGGGGGACAUUCGUAGGUCAGUCCCCCUGGUGGUCUAGGAGUGUGUUCGCAAAACCGAAAGCAAAAGGUAGUAUCGGUGUUAAGGCGGGCUGUGUCGCCGGUUGGAGAACACGGAGCCAUUUCCUCUGCCGCGAGAGUCUCUUCACCCGAUAAAAGUCGACGGAAGCGUGAGUGUGUGUGUACGUGUAUGUGUGUGGUGUGUGUGUGUAUGUGUGUGUGUGUGUGUGUGUCCGUGCACAGCGAAACGAAACAAAAAAAGCGACAAAACGCGCGACAACGGACGAAGAUCCUCUUCUAACGGACGACGAACGUGCCAGGCCUAGAAAGUUUAUAUAGAGAGCGUGUGUAAGUCCGUCGCGGUGCCAGGCGUGUGAAUCCUAAUGAAACCACGAAAGGCAACAAGGCGUGUGAUAGAGAAAGAGAAAGAGAGACAAUGAUGAUGAUGCGUGUGAUUCUCUGUGAUUUUACGAGUGUUCGAACGGACGACGUUUACGCGGCGCUCAAGGAAGAUUUACGGUGAAGAGGAGGGGGACAAAGUAACAGAAAGAGAACAUAACCUAUAUAUACAUAUAUAAUACGAUUACACACUUUUGUUUUCUUUCAUUUAUAAAAAGGGACUAACCGCAGAGAAGGAGGUACACGAUGUUUGUGGGGACGGAAAACGUUUGUUAUUCAGUCCGUUAAUGUGUUUCAACCCGCGUUGUUAUCCGGUGAGAGCAAAAAAAAUCUGUUGGUGAUAUCGUAGUGUGUGGGGGAGGCGUCAGAGGGAGUCGAAGAAUCGGAACGAAGGCACAAGAUGACGGCGCCCCGCAGUUGCAAUCGUACGAAGCAGCGAAGAGGUGCUCGCGCAUCUGGAAGGUCAAGAGGAAUUCCCCCAGUUUCGGAACUAGCUUCUUUCGAAUAUAGCCGCCGGUUUAUUUUCACGUUUAAAAACAACCGCAACGUUUUGAAUCGCUUCGGGGGAGCGUGGCGGGGAACGCUGUAAUGGUAAAAAUUGUUGUUGUGCCGUAGAACAAACGGAUGUGGAAACACGAGAAUUGGUGUCGCAGCCUUUUUUGGUUUUGUUUUCGGAGAAGACCGUCCUGUGGAACGAGCACAUCCGAUCUACUGGAGCCAGGAUGUAAUGUAAAGGUAAAUGAACCGUUUCGAUUGGGGGGUAUGAUCAAGUUGUUCUAAAUAUGAGAAAGAAAGAGAGAAAGAGAGAUUGAGCGAGAGAAAGAAAGAGAGAAAGUGAGAAUAAUAUUGUAAAAGUCUAACCAAAGGCCCAAAGACCGUGUUUACUUGUUGAGUGUUCUUUGGGCUGCCACGACUAAAAAACAAAAGACGUCAAUGAAUGAAAGAAGAAUAAAAAAGAAAACCAGUACAUAUUAAGGCCGGGCCGCGGGAGGAAGUACCUUUUUAUCGAGGCGAAAGACGCGAUGUACUAUAAGAGACGAAAAAGCUAUAAAUAUUAUGUAAUAAAUUAUUAUUAUUGUUACGAU